AUGGAGGAACUAAAGAGUUUUUCUUCAUCGCAAGGGUUUGAAGAUGAUCUUAUAAAAGAACUUCUCAACGACGAAUCGCCAUUGUUUAUGCCUUAUCAAGAAACAUCAAUGGAAACAAACUCCAUUACCUCUUCUCCAUCUGAUUCAACCAUUAACCCACUUCUCGUCUCAGCCCUCCAUUCGGGUCAUGCGACACAAGAUGAUGAUAUAGAAAGAGUUUUAUCAUACACAAAUUAUGAAGCUGUACCAGAAGCCUACAGAACUUCAUUAAUGCUGGAAAGAGGCCUGAAUAAGGAACAGGAGAGCAAGUAUACUAUGAGAAUCAAGUGUUGUGGCAAUGUAAUGGCUGAUGAUGGCUAUAAGUGGAGGAAAUAUGGACAGAAAUCAAUCAAGAGUAGCCCACAUCCAAGGAGCUAUUAUAGGUGCACGAACCCAAGGUGCAGUGCAAAAAAGCAGGUGGAGCGGUCCAGCGAUGACCCGGACAGCCUCACCAUCACAUAUGAAGGGCUUCACCUUCACUUUGUUUACCCAUUUUUGUUGCUCAAUCCACCGGACCAAAUUGAUCCACCAACAAAGAAACAAAAAGGGCCCAUUUUACAAGCCCAAGCCCAUUCGGACGAAGACCAAGAAACCCAAAAUUUCAAUUCAGGCCCAGUAUUAGGGAAGUAUGGGCCUGGGCAUCCGGGCCCACAAGGUCUUCUUGAAGAUGUAGUGCCAUUGAUGAUUAGAAAACCGUUGGUCAAUGUUGCUUUAUCCAAUUCUACGUAUCAUUCUUUAGGAUUUGAUACAAAUACAUAG